AUGCAACCAUGUUAUAUUCAUUUCCUUUCUUUUUUUUUCUUUUUCGUGUCGGUUUUUUUGUUUGAUUCUUGUUUCUUUCUUUUUCAACUUUCUCUCUAUGGUUUUCUUUUCUUUUUUAUUUACUUCUUGUCUUAUUUUAUCCAUCCGUCUUUCUCUUUUUUUUUUCUUUUCUUACAAGCUCCAGUUCCUUCUUUCAUUUUUCCUUUCUUGCUUUCUUAUCUUGCUCAACAUUGUUUGCCUUCAUUUUAUUUUUUCUUCUUUUUUAUUUUUUUAUUUUCUUUCUUUUAUUUUUUUCAUUAUUCAUUUCUUGCAAUUUUAGUUCUUUCUUUCUUUCAUUAUUUCUUUUUGAACUUCCUGUACAUUGUUUUCUUUCAUUUUAUUUUUAAUUUAUUUCUUCUCUUUAUUUUUCUAUUUUCUUUCUUUUAUUUUUUCAUUAUUCAUUUCUUUCUUUCUUUCUUUCUUUCUUUCUUUCUUUCUUUCAUUAUUUCUUUUUGA